GACGUCGACAGUGGCUGACUAGCGCUGACUAUCAGAAUGUACAAAAAUAUAGCAAGUAUCCAUAAUGGUGGGGCCAGCGAGAAAGCUGUCUCGUCCGACCUUAUAACUCAAGUUUUAACUGCAUUCUAGUUCAAAGCCAGACAUGCAUAUGGGCCUCAGACAUCGCAAGCAGCCUCAGAACGGAGACGUGGAGAAGGGCGAUCCGGACUCUGAACCUGCCUCUUCAGAGGGAAAUACGAAGGAGGAGGAUCGCUACCAGGGUGACGAGUACGAGGCUUUGCUUAGAUACGCCCAGGAUGAGGCAGCUAAACUCGACCGUGGAGAGGACGACGAAGAAGCAGAAGAAGAGGGAAAGACCAAGCGCAUUUGGUAUGCUCCUUGGAAGAAAGUUACACAGGGAGGGAAAAAGGAGAAAAAGGUGCCUCCAGAAUGGCUCCGGACUGACCUGACCAAAGGUAUUUCAGCAUCUGAAGUAGAAAAGCGUCGUCAAGGCUUUGGAUACAAUGAGCUACAAAGCGCUCACGAGAAUCAGCUCUUGAAAUUCAUUUCUUACUUCAGAGGACCUAUUCUGUACGUUAUGGAGAUCGCGGUCAUCUUAUCUGCUGGGUUACGGGAUUGGAUAGAUUUCGGUGUCAUUAUCGGUAUCCUGUUCCUUAACGCCGGUGUUGGUUGGUACCAGGAAAAGCAAGCAGGCGAUAUUGUCGCUCAGUUGAAAGCUGGAAUCGCCAUGAAAGCAUUGAUUGUCCGGGACGGGCGAGAGCAAGAAAUUGAAGCACGCGAACUUGUUCUAGGAGAUAUUAUCAUAUUGGAGGAGGGAGGUACUAUCCCCGCCGAUGCUAAGAUUUUGGCCAACUACGAUGAUAAAGAUGGCUCAAAAAAGAACGCUCAAUCUAAGCAACAAAAUGGGGAUAAAGAAGAAGAUAACGAUGAUGACAAAGAUAACAAAGGCCCUUCUGUCUGUUCAGUAGACCAAAGUGCUAUUACAGGCGAAUCACUAGCUGUGGAUAAGUUCAUUGGUGACAUUGCUUAUUACACCUGUGGUGUUAAAAGAGGCAAGGUGUUCGCCGUUGUGACAUCUACAGCAAAAAACUCUUUUGUCGGACGUACAGCUGCACUCGUCACUGGUUCACAUGAGAAGGGUCACUUCCAAAUUGUUCUCGGUGGCAUUGGGACAAUCUUACUUAUAAUGGUCAUCGCUUUCAUAUUUAUCGUAUGGAUAGGAGGUUUCUUCAGGGGUCUCAAAAUUGCAACGCCUUCUGAGAAUAACUUACUCGUGUAUGCCCUUAUCUUUCUGAUCAUCGGAGUACCAGUCGGUUUACCAUGUGUCACAACCACUACAAUGGCAGUAGGAGCCGCAUACUUAGCCAGGAGAAAAGCUAUUGUCCAAAAGCUUACAGCAAUAGAAUCGCUUGCUGGUGUCGAUAUGUUAUGUUCUGACAAGACAGGGACUCUUACUGCCAACAAAUUGUCUUUAAAUGAGCCUUACAUCGCCCCCGGCGUAGACCCUGCAUGGUUCAUGACUGUCGCAGUUCUUGCAUCGUCGCACAACAUUAAAUCCCUAGAUCCGAUUGACAAGGUCACUAUUGUCGGUCUCAAGGACUACCCGAAAGCGCAGGAGAACCUUCGUGGAGGCUGGGUCACCCACAAGUUUACUCCUUUCGACCCUGUAUCGAAAAGGAUUACUUCCGAAGUGGAAAAGGACGGAAAGAAGUAUACGUGUGCGAAAGGUGCACCCAAUGCAAUCUUGAAAUUGGAGGAAUUUAACCCUGAUACCGUCAACCAGUAUCGCUUAACGUCAGCUGAGUUCGCUCAGCGGGGUUUUAGAAGUUUAGGUGUCGCUUGCAAGGAAGAAGGGCAAAAAUGGCAGGUUCUCGGUGUGAUGUGUAUGUUCGACCCUCCUCGCGCAGACACCGCUUCUACCAUCCGCGAAGCUGUUGCUCUUGGUAUUCAUAUCAAGAUGCUUACAGGUGACGCUGUUGCCAUUGCGAAGGAAACUUGCAAGACACUAUCUCUGGGAACCAACGUUUUUGACAGCGAAAAGCUUAUGGGAGGUGGAAUGACAGGAACAGAGGUCCAUGAUUUUGUUGAGGCGGCGGAUGGGUUUGCGGAAGUCUUUCCAGAACACAAGUUCCAGGUUGUGGCCAUGCUUCAAGAACGAGGCCAUUUGACUGCUAUGACUGGCGACGGCGUUAAUGACGCUCCCUCUUUGAAAAAGGCCGACUGUGGUAUUGCAGUUCAAGGUGCAUCGGAUGCGGCUCGCACGGCAGCUGACGUUGUCUUCCUCGACGAAGGGCUUAGUACUAUCGUUACGAGUAUCAAAGUGGCUCGACAAAUCUUCCACCGAAUGAAAGCUUAUAUUGUUUACCGCAUUGCGCUUUGCAUUCAUCUUGAAGUCUAUCUUAUGUUAUCAAUGCUGAUCUUGAAUGAAACCAUUCGAGUCGACCUCAUAGUAUUCCUUGCCAUAUUUGCAGAUGUUGCUACUAUUGCAAUCGCUUACGAUAAUGCGCCCUACGCUCUAAAGCCGGUUGAUUGGCAACUCCCCAAAGUUUGGAUCAUCUCUACUAUCAUGGGUUUGUUGCUCGCUGCGGGCACAUGGAUUAUUCGUGGAACCUUGUUCCUCGAAAAUGGAGACAAAGGUGGUAUCGUUCAAAACUUUGGGAGCGUCCAGGAAGUCCUCUUUCUAGAGGUUGCAUUGACAGAAUCCUGGAUUAUAUUCAUCACGCGCUUGAGCCAAGGACCAGAUACUGGUAAAUUUGAAUGGCCGUCAUUUCAACUUCUAGCUGCUGUACUUGGCGUCGAUAUUUUGGCCACAAUUUUUGCUCUAUUUGGGUGGAUUUCAGGGGCAGCCCCACACGGAGGAUGGACUGACAUUGUCACAGUCGUUCGGAUAUGGUUAUAUUCAUUCGGUGUGAUCGUCGUGAUUGCCAUUGUCUAUAUGAUCCUUAAUGGCUUCUCAUGGCUUGACCGUAUUGGACGCCCAUCUCGAAGUCGCAAGAACGAGAAACUGGAGAACUUCAUGUUGGAGCUGCAGCGAAUGACACUUGUGCAUGAACGUGAUGACGAUUCUUAUCACUUCGCCGCUGUUUCGACCAAGAAAGGUCCUAGUGGUGACGAUGGCAAAGCCAAGAAUGGCAAGAAAGAAGCGCCUAAGGAAGCAGCGAAGGAGGAUAAGCCUUCUCACCAACAGGGCGAUGGCAAUAAUACGGAUGCCAACGUCACAGGAGGUGAAAAAACUGAUACUCAAGUUGGCGGGCCCGAUGACAAUGCUACAACGACAGAGAAGGUGGCUGACGCCGAGAAAGCACGACCAGCUGGUGAUAAUGCGGACAAUCAGCAAGGAGAUGCUAAAGUUGCUGGGGAGAACACCGAGGAGCCUGCGGGUGACUCUUCUGCCAAUCCGACUAGGGGUAGUAAGGACCUCACAAAUUCCAAGCAAUCUUAAUCUUCUGUGCAUUCCCUCGCGUUUAACGUAAAUUCUGUAUAUCUAGAUAUCCGAUCUUUUAAAUUUGAGCUGUACGUGCAUAUAUGAUUUCCUCACAUCUGACAAUUUGUAGAAUAAUUUUGAACAUGCUGUAGACAGUACUGCCGGAUUGUUUGUGACAUUAAUUUCCCCCUUACUUACCAGUAGGAUAAAUUGGAUUCUACAUAAUGGUAUAUAACAAUUUGAUAACAAUCAUCAUUGUUACCCUGAU